AUGGCCAAGGCAGCUGAAAACAGUUCAAGAUGGUCUCUGCAAGGAAUGACAGCUCUCGUAACGGGCGGGACGAAGGGGAUCGGGCGGGCAAUAGUGGAGGAGCUAGCUCAACUCGGGGCAACUGUCCAUACUUUUUCAAGAAAUGAAUCCGAUCUCAAUGAACUCUUGCAAGAAUGGAGUUCAAAUGGGUUUAAAGUCAGCGGCUCAGUUUGUGAUGCAUCUUCCAGGGAUCUAAGGAUUCAAGUAAUGGAAAAGAUCUCUUCCCUCUUUCAAGGGAAACUCAACAUCCUCAUAAACAACGUUGGGACUUGUGUAGGAAAACCGGCCGCUGACUUCACCCCUGAAGAGUAUAACCUGAUGAUGUCAACCAAUCUUGAAUCUGGUUACCAUUUCUCGCAACUUGCUUAUCCUUUGUUGAAAACAUCAGGGAUCGGAAACAUAGUGUUCAUUUCCUCUGUUGCAGGUUUGACAAGUGUGCAAUACGCUUGUAUUUAUGGUGCAACUAAAGGUGCCAUAAAUCAACUGACCAAGAAUUUGGCUUGUGAAUGGGCUCAAGAUAACAUCCGGGUCAACGGGGUUGCGCCUUGGUUUGUCAGAACUCCGCUAGUGGAAGACGUUCUCAGCGAUGAAACCUUCUUGAAGAAAAUCGAAUCAAGAACUCCGAUGAGGCGCCUUGGAGAACCGGAAGAAGUUUCCUCUGUAGUUGCUUUUCUUUGUCUCCCUGCUUCUUCAUACGUCACUGGGCAAGUCAUAGCUGUUGAUGGUGGAUUCACUGUAAAUGGAUUUGACUAG